GACAAUCAAAUGCGCGACGCGCCUGGCAGUACCACGAGAAUUGCAAAAUACAACUCGGGGGUCGGGCUACUGAGAGGUCAAUGUCAUGCAGUUUUACCAACGAAUAGACCGACAAGCGCCACCUAUAAAUCACUGAUGGCUUUAUAUAUGGAUAUAUAACGUUAUAAGAUAUUCUUCAAUAAGGCAAUGGCCUCGUGAAGAGGUCCCCCAGUCUCCCUCCCCCCUCCUCCUCUGUAGUUAGAGGUCAACUGGUCCACCAUGUCCAUCCAGAUGUGUAGAGUGGUGGAGGUGAUGAUGCGCUCUGCUUGCUGCCAGACCAUCAGAAGUAGAUCCUGUUUUCACAAGGCAGCGUUGGCCCCUGUGGGUCAUUCUGGCUUCUGUGUCCUUGGGGCUCCUGUGCUUCAUAGAAGGGCCUACAGCCUGGACUCUCUCUCUUCGGGUCCUGGUCGGCCCACACUUGGUCCAAGCUCCCAACAGCCCCGUGCAGAGAGGACAUCCCCCUCCUCAGCACUCACACACAGGAACCUGUCUGCUGUGGCUGUACAGGGCCAAUGUCGUCCUCUGUGCCGGUAUGACUUCCUGGACCUUGGGGAGGUAGAGGAGAAUGUACGCCGUGCUCAGGCCUGUAAAGUAAUCAGACACUUCAUAGUGGACCCAGAUCUGGCUAAACUGGUAACACAGCAUUUAGGACCUGAGGAUACUAAAACGGUUAUCUUCGAAUGUAACCCAGGUCCUGGGGUAUUGACUAGGACACUGCUAAAUGCUGGAGCUCAGAGAGUUGUGGCUCUUGAAGGGGAUAGGUUCUUCCUUCAUGAUCUACAGGAGUUGGAAGGUCGCCUUGAUGGUCAGUUGGAAGUAGUUCACUGUGACUACUUUAAACUAGACCCCAUCGGCAGUGGAAACCUUAAACCCCCUGUUAUGUUCACUGACAAACUGUUCACUGAUCUGGGGAUAUCAGAGGCUAACUGGACUGAUGACAUCCCAGUGAAGGUGGUGGGUAUCCUGCCCCUGCGUAAUGAGCGUGGCAUGCUGCUGAAGAUGGUUUACGCCUUGUUUGAACGGCUGUCUGUCUACAGAUAUGGAAGAGUAGAGCUCAACCUCUUCAUAAGCGAGAAGGAAUACCUGAAACUGGUGUCAUGUCCAGGUGAAAUGAUGCACUACAGAGCCUUCAGUGUCCUCUGGCAGAUGGCCUGUGAUAUCGAACUACUGCACAAGGAGCCCUGGGAGUCAUUUGUGAGGUCUUCCAGACAGAGUGUACCUAGCGCUAAGGGCAAGCUUCCCAAUGACCACCUGUGCCUGGUGCGUCUGCGUCCGCGGGCUGAUCUCUUCUCUGCCGGCCUAACUCCUUCUAAUGCGUCAACUCUGCUGAUGAUGAUAAAGCAGUGUCUGGCAAAGAGAAAGGUCAAGCUCAUUGACAGGCUCAAUCUCUGGUCUCCAGAUAGUGGGAGUAAGCUGUUAUCGGAGAUGGGCAUGCCGGAGGACAUAUUGACAGGCCAUGUAUAUCCAGAGGAGUAUCUUCGACUGUUCCAGCUGAUGGACAAGAGUCAGGAGUUUACACAGAGCUGGCUUUAUGAAGAGAUUCUGGAAAACACACAGAGGGAGGGUUGGGGCUAAAAUAUAGACAUACAGGUCAUGUGUAUAGUUUUAUAGAAAUGAAAUGCAAAAUAAAACAAAAACACACAUAAUAUAAUGAUAAUGUAAUAUAAAAAAGGAAUACUACAAUGUGUGAUGCAAUAAAACGGGGGACGCAGAAGAUACAUACAGAAACACAAAAAAUAGUAACAAGUAAAAUGUUCAUAAAAUGGAUGCAGCUGAAUAACUUGAAAUGUAUUUAUUACCUGACAUAAUAUACUUUUGUAGGGAGUGACAAUGGAGUAUGACUUCAAAUGACCCUGCUGUGAUGUCCUGAAUUGCAAUUCCAAUGAGUUAAAAACUCAGUAGCAGAAAUUGUCCUUUUUGGGCCCUCACUUGAGAUUUUUAUUUGACGGCCAGUGGGAACAUUUUCAUUUUGUUGCAGAAUAAAGGUUUUAUGAUUAGUUAAAUUAUGUAAAAGGAAAAACCUCUGUAUGAAGACAACAGCAGCAUGUCCAACGGGGACUGAAAAAAAAAGCCUCAUGGAUGCACUGUCAUGAAAAUGAUAUAAUUCAGAAAUGCGCGUGUAAAUGAUUGAUAAAACUGCAGUUUUGCUGAUGCAGUUUACUGUAACAGCAGUGUCACAACACAAUCCUGCAUGUAUCUUCUAUUACAUUAUUUUCCAAAAACUGGAGUAGCAGUGCAGGAAGAAAGAGGAAGUUGUUCACUGUAUAGCAGGUCUGUGUAUAUUUUUGUAUUUUUGUGUGUACUUAAGCUUUAAAUCUGACAAAUGUCAUGUCUUAUGGAUUAUGUAAGCUGUGUGUGUAAUAGAAUUUUUUAAAGAAAUCAUUAAAUCAAAAUGUUGAAAUGUAA